UCCUCUUGCUGCCACUUCCUCUCUUCCUCUCUUGCUCCCGCCUGCUCUCGCCUGCUCUCCUUCUCUCCUUCUCUCUCUCUCCUUCUGUCCAUCGUUCAGCGACGACCACAUCCCUCUCCCACACGCACCCCCUUCGACCCGACAACUUGCUUUUGCUUCUUUGCCGACAUGGCUGCUGUGUUGUAUGCCGUGGUUGCCGAGGGCGCCCGCCCUCUGGCAGAACACUGUGAGCCUGGCACAGUGGAUGCGGCGUCGCUUGUGCCGUCCGCGUUGGACCAGCUGCAACGUCUGCCACGAAACCAAUCCCAAGGCUCAGUGGUGCUCGAGCAGGACGGUGUCCCAAGGUACAAGAAGAAGCACCUUUUCUUUCUUCGUCAGGACAACUUCACGUUUGCGUGUGUCACAGAGCGAGGCUUUGGACAAGCCCGUGCCAUGCAGUUUCUGGGCGAAGUGGCAGCGGAGUUUGAACCGUUCAAGCAGGCCGCGCGCCGUUACAACAACUACGAGUUGGACGACCGUUUCGCCAGAAUCAUCGCGGGACUCAUUCCGCGAGCCCCGACCAACGACCCAGAACUCCUACAAGCCCAGCAAGAAGUCUCAGCAGCAACAGGCGUCAUGCGCGACACUCUGCAGAAGGUGGUUCAAAGAGAUGAACUCCUGGAAGACUUACAAGGGCGAUCAGAGGACAUCUCAGCUGACAGUGCUCGGUUCCAAACCAGAUCAACCAAAUUGAGGCGGAGGGCCGCUUGGUCCGCGUACAAGUACUACCUGAUCCCCGUUGUUGUAAUUGUUGUCCUUGCAGGGAUCAUCGCACUGUCCAUCUGCUCCAAGCCGGGGAAGUGCACGCGCUCGCGUUCAUCGCUGAAGCAGUGCAGUGACAUUCCGGCACAGAAGUGCAACCCAUCCUUGCAGGUGUUUGGGCACAAGGCCUGCGGAGACGACAGCAAGGUGAUAUGCGGGCCUAGCGCGUCAACUGUAAACCAGUUCUUCUCCCGCGACGGCAAGAAGUGCAACGCCGCCAAUUCGCGCCUGACCAAGUGCUACGUCAAGCGCGCGGCCGAGCUCGACGCACUGUUCCCAGACAAUGAGUUUUCACACACAAACUGCACGGACACCUGUACCAACGUUCUUCUGCGUCAAGCAACACGACUCCACGACAGCAAAGCCUGUGAGCUGAGCAAGGACGCGAGCUUGCAGGCACUUUUCCUCCGCGACGCUCGCGCACAAACGCUGUGCCAGCGGUCGCAUCAUGUGUACUGUGGAGAUCUUCUCUAUGACACCAUUCUGCCUUUGCGUGAAACAACCCCGACGAAACACAACUGCUCAACCAUUUCGCGUGGUGGCACGUGCUUUGCUCAUGUUCAGGAGCGCUGGGACGAUCUCAAGCUGAACGUCACACUUACAGCGGAAUUCUUUGCCUCCAUCAACAACACUUGCACAUCUUUUGGAAUCACGCUGCAAACUUCGAGCUCAUUCUUGUCGGCUGCAUCUGCUGUGACCGUGAUUGUCAUGGCACUGACAAGCAUUCUCCUCACUCACUGAGGCGGAAGAAGAACCUCCCUCGCGUGUCAGGAAGUUGGCAACAGCUCCAGCUGCACUGAUGCACAUUCCAACAGCUGCACACACACA